AUGAAAUGGACUGCUGACAAAGACCUUGAUGCAUUUAGAAAAUAUUUUGAAGACCAGUGGUUAUUAUCAUUACCAUUUUGGUAUGAAGGUAGUGCAAAUCUUAGUCCAUCUACUAAUAACGGUCUUGAAUCGUUGAAUGGUAAAAUCAAACAAAUGUACACAUUACGUAACAAAUUGUCAUUGUCAUCGUUCUUACAAACAGCUGAACGUAUGUUAUAUGACUGGUCAUUAGCUAGCGCGAAUACACCAUUUGCUAUUCAAAUUGAAUUUACUAAUAAUUUGGCAACUAGGGCAUAUCAAUGGUUACAAAAACUUGAUCGAACAAAAGUAUUACACUUAGGUGCAGCUAGUUAUGUCGUACCUUCUUCUGAGCCAAAAAUGGGUACAUCAUUAUGGUACAAUAUUAUCAUAGCAUGUCUUGGAAUUCCUACGGUGAAUUUACCGACUGGUUAA